AAAUUGUUGCAGAUCUUUUUUGAGUAAAUCAACAGAAAUUGAUGCAAUAUGGCUUUCAUCACAAACAAUAGACGAAUGAAUCCUCCGACAGCGAGUAAAGGAAAGCUGUUGGCAUACUUCUCUAGCGCCCUGAUUUGUUUAGUCAUCGCCAUUACCAUCAUGGUCAUUGACCCCGUCCAAAUCAUAGGAGAACUUAACACAAAAAUAAAAAUGAAAUCACUAGUUUACAACUUGCUGGACCAGGAGAUGGAGGGGGUCCACGUGAGGACCUUCCUCUUCAACGUCACCAACGCUGAUCGGUUCCUGUCUGGAGAAGAUGAGAAAUUGAAGGUCGAGGAAGUUGGACCGUUUACUUACAAAGAAAUAAGGAAACAAGACGAUCUUUUGCUUAAUGAAGAAGAUAAAUCAAUGACGUAUUCCCCUCAUACCAGGACGGUGUUCGUGCCAGAAGAGUCGGUCAGUGACCCCAAGGAAACCACAGUUGUAAUGCCGAAUAUAGCCAUGUUGAGCAUGACAUCAAUGUUGAGCACGUUCCCCUACUUCACUCGCCUGGGGUACAACUUCCUGGUCAACCAGGUGAACUCCAAGCCAGUCAGGACGAUGACAGCGUACGAGUACCUGUGGGGGUACGAUGAGAAGCUCAUCACAUUGGGCAACAGGUUCCUCCCCGGGUGGAUCAGCUUUGGAAAGAUGGGGAUUAUGGACAGGAUGUACGACAACACAGUUCACUACCGCAUUGACCUCAAGGCCGGUGACUAUGACAAGUUUGAAAUAAAGGCUAUGAACGGCUACGACAGACUCACCGUCUGGGAUGACCCCAACAACAACGAGGAGUCGAAAUGCAACAGCUUCAAGAACGCAUACGAGGGUAUCGGCUAUCCAUCGCGAAUGACUCCUCAGCAUGAAGUGAGGAUCUACAGGAAUGUCCUCUGCAGAUUCUUAGAGUUGGACUACGUGGAAACCAGGCCCAUGCAAGAGAAUUCCGAGGGUUUAGUCUACACGAUCAGCAACCGAACUUUCACACACAAUGAAGACACCAUGUGUCUUUGCAGGAAAGGGAUCUGCAUUGAGGGAAUGUCUGACUUGUCGCCUUGUUUUUACAGUCUUCCUUUGACCCUUUCCGCUGCGCACUUUACCGGCGCCGACCCGAAGUUGUAUGAGCGCGUCGAAGGUCUAAAACCUGAUGCUGAGAGACAUGACAGCUACUUUAUUAUAGAGCCAAAACUCGGCAUAGUGUUAGGCACAAAGUUUUCAGUACAAGUGAACAUCGUGGUGAAGGAUGUGUCGUUCAACCCGGCUACCAGCAAGUUCGCCAACAUGAACGUCCCGGUGGCGUAUUUCAAUAUUAUCCAACCCCCCAUCAAAGAGUUGGAUCGUCACAAUCUCUACAUGAUGUACACAGUCGGUCCAUACACCUUCUUGGCCAUUGCAUCAGUCCUCUUCAUCAUCGCCGUGGUACUCCUCAGCCACUGGAUCCGCCUCAUCUAUUGGAACUGGAUCUGCAGCCAGGACAAGGGGAUCGCCUUCCAUUACCCUGAAGAUGUCAAAUCUAAAACUUAUAUACUGACAGAAAUGCCGCUUUUGAGUAAAUGACGUCAACAAUGUAUGUAGCUUUAUUUAUUAAAAAAAAUAUAGAUGAUGAUUGAUUCUCA